UUUGCUAAAUCUCACUCUCAAAUCAGAGCAGAUCAAGCCUGCGCAAUGGAAUAAAACUCCUCAAUAUUGAUAUGUGAACAUCUCCUGGAUUUCUUUUUCUUUUUAUUCCCCCCUCAUUAUUCCUCUGCUAACCAAUUCAUUUCCAGAGUUUGCACUUAAGAAGCAAUGGGGAAAAUCAACAGUCUUUCAACACUAUUAUUUAAGUGCUGCUUUUGUGAUUUCUUGAAGGUGAAGAUGCUUACUGCUUCAUCCAUUAAUUUCUUCUACUUUGGCCUGUGUUUGCUUACAUUAACCAGCUCUUCUGCUGCUGCUGCUGGCCAAGAGACACUUUGUGGUGCUGAGUUGGUUGAUGCUCUUCAAUUUGUCUGCGGAGAUAGAGGCUUUUAUUUCAGUAAACCUGCAGGUUAUGGAGGCAAUAGACGUUCCUCUCCUACUAGGGGAAUAGUGGAUGAAUGCUGUUUCCAGAGCUGUGACCUGAUACGGUUGGAGAUGUACUGUGCUCCUGUCAAGCCACCUAAAUCUGCACGAUCUGUACGUGCUCAGCGACACACUGAUAUGCCUAAAGCACAAAAGGAAGUGCACUUGAAGAAUACAAGUAGAGGAAACACAGGAAACAGGAACUACAGAAUCCCAAUCCCCAAAGCGCUCCACCGGCACAAGCCACACUGAGGACCACAGCCUUAAGCAAGGAACUUGCCUGCAUCAAACUAACCUGUGGGCAAGCUUCCCGACAGCAGAGAGUAAAUGAGAACAACUUUUACUUUGAGGUAUGACAGAGUGACUCUUGACACAUUUCUCACCCAUUCAAUCAGAUCCCAAGAAGAAUAUCAAAACUACCAGCUGGUGUCUUAGGCAUUUUUACGGAAUAAGUAUGGCUACCUAAAAACAAGAUUCUUCAGUGAAAGAUGUGCAUUUCCUUUAUUUAAAAAAAAAAAUCAGAAUGUUAUGGGGUAUGUUUUACAUACUGUAGUUCGGGGAAAGUUUGAAGUGAGGCAUUUUUAAUGCAUUCCAAGAGGCUCAGGUAACAAAACUGGAUGCAAAUUUCCAGGGUCACUUGCCUCUAACCACUAUCUUUUUCCAUAAGUCCAACAUAAUCUUCUCUACAAGCUAACACGACUAAGGACUGGCUGAUACCUAUAUGGGUGACCUCUUACAAAUGUAGCAUAUCAAAAGUAGCCCUCUGAUUUAUGAAUAUUCUUUCUUUAACUGCCAAAGUGCUAAAUGUUGAGAUUAAUGUUGAUAUAUUUCCCUUGUGGUUAUUCUUUUAACAGUAAGGUUUAAAACAAGCAAGUAUAUUUAUGAUGCUCAACUCUUUAACAUUCACUGUUGCAUUCAAUUAGCUCUAAGGGCAUAGCCAAAACCUACCAGAAGAGACAUUGUUUUUUCCUAAAUCCAUAAUCAUCAAAUCACUUCAGAUGGUGCAGUUUCUGCUUAAGUGAAUGCAAAACACAUAAGCAUGAACUUUUGCAGACAAGGUUGUACAUCUUUGGAUUUCUAGUUUUUAAUUUUCCCCCUUGUGUUCAGUCAAAAUACAAACUGUCAUGACUUCAUGACAAGUGAAUGAUAUUUCAUACUAUGUAUGUAACAUUAGUAUGUUGCAGAACUUCCUAUCCCAUGACUAUAUCAAAUACCACUCAUCAGUUAUUCUCUCCAUUUAGCACUCAUAAGUUGCUCCAGACACACAUGAAAUCCCAUUGAUCAAAGUUUUAUCACUUGUAAAAAGAAGAAAACAAAUCUCAGUGUUUCAUAGGUCACUCAGAAUCAUUUAGCCCAGGUCCCAACUCUGUCCAGAAAGUUCAACCUGGUAAACAUUGUUCCAUAAACAAACAACGUACUCGUGCUUCUUAAAAGCUUUUUUAUGUGUUUAUCAUGAUAGGUCCAAAAAUUCUCAAAAGCUAGCUGUCUGAUUUCCACUUUUUUUUUCAUUGUAUUUCUAAAUUUUCAUUGACUGCAGUUUUUUAAAAGAAAAAAAUGGACUCAGUCACACUGUAUUGAAUCGAGGCAAUAGCAACCUUUGGUUUGUAGAAUGUAUGGAAACGUUUGCAACCCUCUUGGAAUAAAAUCCAAAAUGUGAAACAUUACCGUAAGAGGGUAACUUUCUAAUGUAUUUGUAUGUGCAGUUUACACCUCUGUGAGGUUGAAUAAAUA